AGUCUUCCCUCCUUUUUCUCUUUUCUUCUCUUCUGUUCUCAUCUCUCUCCCUCUCUCGAACACAUAUAUAUCAACAACACUCAAACACACCGCAACUUCACUCUCUCUCUCUCGUUCUAUUCUAUCAAUCAAAAAAAGAAUCCACAAUGAUGGGGAGAGAUCCGACCCAGACCCAACUGGCCCUAAUCCUGGGUCCUGAUUCGACCCAUUUGGAAUCCCUAAUCUCCAACCUCAUGUCCUCUUCAAACGAACAGCGUUCCCAGGCCGAGUCAAUCUUCAACCUCUGCAAACAAACCCACCCGGAUUCCCUUAUUCUCAAACUCGCCCAACUCCUUCACUCCGCCCAUAACCCCGAAACCCGAACCAUGUCCGCCAUACUCCUCCGCCGUCACCUCACGCGCCACCACGACUCCUUCCUCUGGCCAAACCUCUCCCUUUCCACGCGCCCAACCCUUCAAUCCCUCCUUCUAUCCUCUCUCCACCAAGAGCCUGUAAAAUCCAUCGCCAAGAAGCUCUGCGACACCGUCGCCGAACUCGCUUCCGCUCUCCUCGCCGACGACCCCGCCGCCUGGCCUGACCUCCUCCCCCUCCUCUUCCAGUGGGUCACCUCCCCUGACCCCAGGCUUCAGGAAAUCGCUCUCCUCAUCUUCGCUCAAUUGGCUCAUUACAUCGGCGAAACCCUAGUUCCUCAAUUGAGCACCCUCCACUCUGUUUUCCUCCGUUGCCUCGGCUCCUCCACCGCCUCCGAUGUCAGAAUCGCCGCCCUCGCCGCCAGCAUCCAUUUCGUUCAGUGCCUUUCGACUCCCUCCGACAGGGACAGGUUCCAGGAUUUGUUGCCUCUGAUGAUGCAGACCUUGACGGAGGCGCUGAAUUCCGGCCAUGAGUCCACCGCACAGGAGGCGCUGGAGCUCCUCGUCGAGCUCGCCGGGACCGAGCCGCGGUUUCUUCGGCGGCAGAUUGUGGACGUGGUUGGGUCCAUGCUGCAGGUCGCGGAGGCGGAGUCGCUGGAGGAAGGGACGCGGCACUUGGCGAUUGAGUUUGUUGUGACCCUCGCCGAGGCGAGGGAGCGUGCCCCUGGGAUGAUGAGGAAGCUGCCUCAGUUUGUGAGGAAGCUGUUUGGUGUGUUGAUGAAUUUGUUGUUGGAUAUUGAGGAUGAUCCUAAGUGGCAUGGUGCAGAGGCGGAGGAUGAGGAUGCUGGUGAGACCAGUAACUAUGGGUUUGGACAGGAGUGUUUGGAUAGGCUUUCGAUUUCGUUGGGCGGGAACACUAUAGUGCCUGUUGCUUCUGAGUUGUUGCCAACUUACUUGGCUGCUCCUGAAUGGCAGAAACACCAUGCUGCACUCAUUGCAUUUGCACAAAUUGCAGAGGGUUGUUCAAAGGUGAUGUUAAGGAAUCUGGAGCAGGUAUUGUCAAUGGUUUUGAGCUCAUUUUGCGAUGCCCACCCCCGGGUGCGAUGGGCGGCAAUAAAUGCAAUUGGGCAAUUGUCCACAGAUUUGGGGCCAGACUUGCAGGUUAAAUAUCACCACUUAGUGCUGCCGGCAUUAGCUGGAGCCAUGGAUGAUUUUCAAAAUCCCCGAGUACAGGCUCAUGCUGCUUCUGCGGUGCUAAAUUUUACUGAGAAUUGUACCCCAGAUAUCCUAACGCCUUACUUAGAUGGGAUUGUGAGCAAACUUCUUGUUCUCCUGCAGAAUGGGAAGCAAAUGGUUCAAGAAGGGGCUUUGACGGCUUUAGCAUCAGUUGCCGAUUCUUCACAGGAGCAAUUUCAGAAGUAUUAUGAUGCUGUGAUGCCAUACUUAAAAGCUAUUUUGAUGAAUGCAAAUGAUAAAUCUAGUCGUAUGCUUCGUGCCAAAGCAAUGGAGUGCAUUAGUUUGGUAGGAAUGGCUGUUGGAAAGGAGAAAUUCAGGGCCGAUGCCAAACAGGUCAUGGACGUCUUGAUGUCACUGCAACAAUCUCAACUGGAUGCUGAUGAUCCAAUUGCAAGUUACAUGUUACAGGCAUGGGCACGCCUUUGCAAGUGCCUUGGGCAGGAUUUCCUCCCAUAUAUGGGUUUUGUCAUGCCUCCUUUGCUUCAGUCUGCACAACUCAAGCCUGAUGUGACCAUUACAUCAACAGAUUCUGAUGAUGAAUUUGAUGAAGAUGAUGACAGCAUUGAAACAAUCACUCUUGGGGACAAAAGGAUAGGCAUUAAGACCAGUGUCCUGGAGGAGAAGGCUACGGCUUGUAACAUGCUAUGUUGCUAUGCUGAUGAGUUGAAGGAAGGAUUUUUCCCUUGGAUUGACCAGGUUGCCUUCACAUUGGUUCCUCUUCUCAAAUUUUACUUCCAUGAAGAAGUUAGGAAGGCAGCAGUAUCAGCUAUGCCGGAACUGUUGUCCUCAGCAAAAUCAGCUGUAGAGAAGGGACAAUCGCAAGGUCGUGACGAGACUUAUGUAAAACAGUUGUCUGAUUAUGUAAUACCAAAUUUGGUGGAGGCUUUACACAAGGAGCCAGAGGUAGAAAUUUGUGCAAGCAUGUUGGACGCAUUGAACGAAUGCAUACAGGUCUCUGGACCACAUCUAGAUGAAAAACAAGUACGGAGCAUUGUUAAUGAGAUUAAACAAGUCAUUACGGCCAGUUCUUCUAGAAAACACGAAAGAGCAGAGAGGGCCAAAGAAGAAGACUUUGAUGCUGAAGAAAAAGAACUACUCAAGGAAGAAAAUGAGCAAGAAGAAGAACUUUUUGAUCAAGUUGGUGAUUGCUUGGGGACUUUGAUAAAAACAUUCAGGGCAUCUUUCUUGCCUUUCUUUGAUGAGCUUUCCUCUUACCUAACACCUAUGUUUGGUAAAGAUAAAACUUCAGAGGAAAGGAGAAUUGCUAUUUGUGUAUUUGAUGAUGUUGCUGAGCACUGUCGUGAAGCAGCUCUUAAAUAUUAUGAUUCUUUCCUUCCAUUCUUACUCGAAGCUUGCAAUGAUGAAUAUCCAGAUGUUCGACAGGCAGCAGUUUAUGGGGUUGGUGUUUGUGCCGAGUUUGGUGGAUCUGUUUUCAAACCCCUUGUUGGAGAGGCACUUUCAAUGUUAGAUGCUGUGAUAAGGCAUCCAAAUGCACUACAUUCUGAUAAUGUAAUGGCAUAUGACAAUGCUGUUUCAGCUCUUGGAAAAAUAUGCCAGUUCCAUCGUGAUAGCAUAAAUGCUACACAGGUUGUUCCUGCCUGGCUAAGUUGCUUGCCUAUAAAAGGUGAUUUAAUUGAGGCUAAGGUUGUGCAUGAACAGCUUUGUUCAAUGGUUGAAAGAUCAGAUAGAGAACUUAUAGGUCCUAACAAUCAAUAUCUUCCCAAAAUUGUUGCAGUUUUUGCGGAGAUUUUAUGUGCGGGAAAUGAUCUGGCAACUGAACAAACUGUCAGUCGGAUGAUUAAUCUAUUGAGGCAGCUUCAACAGACUUUGCCACCUUCUACCCUUGCUUCAACCUGGUCAUCCUUGCAGCCUCAGCAGCAACUUGCACUUCAGUCCAUCCUAUCAUCCUAAGUUAUUUUGGAUUGUUAGUGUGUUUCAUUACCUUCAGAAGAUGCGCGUCUAUUGUAAUGGGAUUUCAUAGUUGCCCUUUGGGAAGCUGCUGUCAGGUCAAAUUUGUUCCUUUAGCCAUUGGAGUGUCAUUUUUAGACGAGCAGCUGCGUCUGGUUCAUGCUACUUAAUUGCUGAAUCCAUUUUUGGUGAUACUAGAACUUCUGAGGUAUGGCUUUGUCUCAGAACAGCGUUGAGUGGGUUGGAUGAGAAACAGAGUUUUGGUGUUGAAUGUGUAAAUUUAAGUGUUAUGGUCUGAAGGAAUUCUUGGUGUUACAGGGAUGAACAACGUGACUCGGUCCUGUCUAUGGAUGAUAGGGACGAGGCGUUUCCGAGUCAUGAAUGACUCAGUAAAAUCACAUAGCAUUCUUUUGUUUUUUGAGUUGUAACAGUUUUGAUGAGUCAUAUAUAUCCUUCGAUGUUGGGAACAAUUUGAUAGUUUUAUUUUAUUUUGUAUAUUUGCUGGUUUUCUUAACUUGUUCUGCUCAUUCCAUUUUCUUGUAGUGUUGGUAAACUGAUUCCCUCUA